AUGGGUAUCAUUUCCCGGAAGAUAAUCCCCUCUUGUGGGACGAUGUGCGUGUGUUGCCCUGCUUUGAGGUCCAGAUCUCGGCAACCUGUAAAAAGAUACAAGAAACUCCUUGCUGAAAUCUUCCCAAAGUCUCCAGCUUUCCCAGAAUCACUUCUUGUUCAGCUUUUGAAAGCAAUGUUGCAUGCAAAUAUUGAAGUGCGGGUUGAAGCACAUCAGAUAUUCACAGUUCUUCUCAUUCCGAAUUCAAUCUGUCUUGGACGAGAAGCAUCUGCACGGCCUAGUUACAUUUGUGAACCAAGAAGAUGGCGUUCUGGUACAGCAUCUACAUUUGCUUCGAUUUCUGCACUACUUGAAAGGCUACGGAAAGAGAAGGAUGGUCCUGAAGUAAAUGGAGUGCAUGAUGACUGCAAAGAACAGGACACCUCGGAAGAAGAGUGGAAGUAUGGACGGGCUAGAAAGAAUUCGCCAAACGUUUACAAGAUUAGCUCAAUCUUCAAGAGGACUACAGGGACACCGGGGUCGGCUGAGGCUGCUGAACCAUGUGUUUUGAAGCUAAAUGAGGAUCAGAUUUCACAGUUGCUUUCUGCCUUCUGGAUGCAAUCCAGCCUUCCUGACAACACGCCUCCAAAUCUUGAGGCCAUAGCUCAUUCUUUCACGUUGACACUUAUUUCUUCUCAACUGAAGAAUACAAAUGGAAAUGUCGUGGUUCGAUUCGUUCAGCUUGCUCUCUCUCUCAGAAAGUUGUCAUUGGACUCUAACAAUGGAAUGUUGCAUUCAGCAUGCAGAAGAUCAGUUUUCAUCUUAGCAAUGAGCAUGCUAAUGUUCACUGCGAAGACAUACCAAGUUCCUGAGUUGAACGACUUGCUCAAGCGAUUGAUCCCUGAUGAUGUUGAUCUUAUUUGGGAAUUAGCAACGAUUUUCAGAUAUAUGUGA